GGGGAAACAUGGUGGAAGACAUCUAUCUGUUUGUAAAAGUGAUGGACUCCACCGGAUGGGAGAAGAAAGAAAUGAAUCAAGGCUGCUGCUGAAGGGGAUAUACAGUCACCAAGCUAUCGCACUGUGUGGGCACCAUUUAGAUGUGGCAAAUAACCCGAAUACCCCGAAUAACCCGAGCCUCAAAGUUUCCUCAUUCGGUAAAUCGGGAUUCACCUCAGAUACAGCCAAAUACCGAAUGCUAUAGCGGAGAUACCGGAGAUUAAUUAUCAG